GGAGUGCUUUUAAUGCUGGGUAACUGACAGGACAGAGUUUGAUCUGAUAAUUAAAUUAACCUAAAUAGUUUGCUGCUUCGCUGUAGCCUUCACUUUGCUUAGAGCUAUUUUUGUAUUUCUAAAAGGGGCACAGUGCUACUUCACCCACAGCUGAUAUUCACCUCCCAAAGUCACAAAAAAGUCACAUUUCAUUUUAUCUAAAAGUUAACUAAGGAAUUUGCACAUGUGGCUACUCUGUGACUGUCAGUAUCUCACUCCUUUCAUCCUUGCUCUGAACACUGAGCAGGAAUAAGUGGGGCAGAGGGGAGACCCUCUCUUUGGGACAGCAUAGUGCAGAUUGGUAUUUAGACUUGUUUCUGCAGAUACUGAUCCUUAACAAAUGCCUGGAUUGGAACUAAUGCCCAACAUUAGAAUUAACUUGAGACAUAGGUCAGGUAUUGUGGUGUUAUCAGCUUGUCUUGUUUUUUCUUCUGUUUGCUCAGACACAGCAGCCCAAAACUGAAAAAAAUGUAAAAGGUAAACUGGGCAUGGACUACUAUUCAUUAUGAAAUGUAGCUGCCAUUGUAGCCAGGAGCUGAGCAGUAGAUAGGAAAUUAAAACAAGAUAUUCCAACUGGGGAGGCGUGUUCCAAUCUUUACAGAGUUUCCUGAGGGUUCGGUAGGUUACAUUUUUGGGGUUCUCGUCUAACUUAAUGCCACUUUAAAAAAAACUGAUGAAUCCUGUUGUUUUCAACAGUGCGCCAGAUUCUAAUUAUUUUAGUCCAGUGUCACGGCUUGUCACUUUAAACCUCACCUCUUGAUAAAUCGGAAGCUUCCCGUUAAAUGUUAAGAAAGUCCAUUUCAAGUCAUCUUCAGCUGCCCUGAGGGAUUGAUACAGAGGAAUAAAUAAUAAUUUCUUUGGAUAGGAAAUAUAGAGGAAUGAGUGUCCCUUCAUUCUUAAAUACAACUCAACAUGUUUUCGGUCAACCCCCAUUGAAAAGCAUAGCUUUAACAAUGUAUAUUUUUGAUUUUAUACAGCCCUACAGAUAAACUAAAUAUAAUGCAAAGGACCGUUCCAAACGACUAAAUCAGCUGAAACAUUUCUGGAAUGGGAUUGCGUGCACAAACCUUGGACACACAUAUAGUCACUGUGGAGUAAAUGCCAGCUCAUUAGUGUUUCAUCCUUUUCAGAGGCCCCCUAAUCCUGCUCCCUUUCGGUCUUCUCUCUUCUCCUCUGUCAAGCUCUCUACUUUCAUUUUCUUUUUAUUCUGAGUCAUGUCGUUGGUCUACUGCUAUGUACUGUAGUGACUUAGGACAACCUCUAUAUCCUGAGGCUGUCUUUACUCGACUAGUGAAGCCGUCAAUAGCUGAGCUCGGUGAUUGUGACCCAUUAGAACAUAAUCUGGAUCUGGUGUCAGAAUUCCGCUUCAUUCCCAACCAAACAGAGGACGUUGAACUGGCAAUAUACAAUGCAUGGAAGGAGUGCAGAGGUCAGACACCAGCCCAAGCUGAGAUUAACUACCUAAAUAAAGCCAAGUGGCUAGAAAUGUAUGGGGUGGAUAUGCAUAUGGUCAAGGCAAGAGAUGGUAAUGAGUACAGUCUGGGUUUGACACCCACUGGAGUGCUCGUGUUUGAAGGACAAACCAAGAUCGGACUGUUCUUCUGGCCCAAGAUCACUCGUUUGGAUUUUAAGAAGAGCAAACUGACGCUUGUAGUAGUGGAGGAUGAUGAACAGGGUAAAGAGCAGGAGCACACUUUUGUUUUCAGGAUGGACCAUCCCAAGGCAUGCAAGCACCUUUGGAAGUGUGCUGUGGAACACCACGCUUUCUUCAGACUGCGAGGGCCUGUACACAAGAACUCUGCACAGUCCAGUUUCAUACGCAUGGGCUCACGCUUCAGAUACAGCGGGAAGACAGAGUAUCAGACAACAAAGGCCAAUAAGGCAAGACGGUCAGCCUCGUUUGAGAGGAGGCCAAGUCGACGGUACUCGAGAAGAACCAUGCAGAACAGAGGACCAUUCAACCCCCAGGAAGUUCUUUCCUCAGGCAAUGGUGUCAACUCCAUCAAAGAAAAGGUUUCCAUAAGAAGAGGCCCAUGGUCUGAUGUGCCUGUGGUCAGCCCAGCUGCUGCAUCUGCAUGUGGACCCAUGGAAAUAGAGACGUUGCCCAGAAGUCCUGGAGGUGAAAAAAGGAGCUUGCCCGUGGUUGCUGACCUGAUGGAGACGUGCAUUGAUGAGGUCAUCCAGACUCCAGUUAUCACGACAGUGAUAGCUACAGAGGAGGCCGGACCAAGCAACGCCUACGCCUCUGCCGGUGUCAUUGCAGAUGAUUCGCUCAGCUUCAAUGAAGCAGCAGCUCGUCUGAAGAAGCUGGAGUUAGAGAGCAGUCCCCUCCUUGCUACACCAAGAAAUAAUGUGAACGUCAAUGUGGCCAUGAACAAUCAGGAGGAUGUGGUAAAGGUCGCAGAGAAGUGUGGGCUGAGCAGCGCGGGCAGUAGUCCAAACGUCACCCCACUGCACACUGAGGACCUGAAGAGUAAUAUCCUAAAGGCACAAGUUGAGGCUGCUGCCCUCAAAGGGUCACUGGAGGAACAUGCUGUAAUGGCUGGAGAGAAAAACUGUAACGUGCAGGACUCAUCUGCCAGGUUGAAGUUGCCCACAGGGAAAAUGGGCAGCAACUCGUCUCUUUCGGUCAGCAGUCGCCCUGAGAUCCAGGAUUCCUGGGACCUGCUGAAGCCGGCUUCACUGGUCUCAUCAGCUGGUGCCAGUGCAGAGCGGUUAACUGAAGAGUUGAAUCCCACUUUCCCCAAGAUGCCGUCUGAGUCUGCGAGUGAAGGCAUAGCACCAAAGGUCAAAGCGGAGGAUGUUGACCUGCCGAGCACUGCCCCCCUGUCUGACAACCUGAUCGACUUCACUGAUCCUACUCCUGUGCUGCCAGCAGUUCAACAGCUCAAACCUCUGAUCACACCCCGUUGGAUAAUUCCUACCAGUACUCCUCCAGGUGUUUUUACCAAUGGCCUGCUCGACCUUGACCACAAUGCUAAGGUCACCCCUCUCCUCCCUGUAGAUGGGGGAGUAGGUCUCACGCAAGCCCUCCCCCAGCUUGCUCACGCACGUAACACUGUCUCUGUCAGUGCUGUGGGUCAGCUGCCAGCCUCAGGGGACGCAGCCAAACCCAGAGGUCUCCUGACCACUGAGCUCUGAAGACGAGACCAAGAGCCAGAACCACAACAUUCAUCUCACACGUUCACACGCGAACAAGGCAGCGACAAACAGGACAAUGAACCACAUACACAGAUCACAGCCAUAGGAAAGGCAGUACUGUAAGAUAGUAAAGCAUUCAUAGUAAUAACAUUUCAGGACCAUAACUUGUCGUUCGUUUAAUCCAUCCAAACCAAUCUCCUUCAUCUCCAGCGAUGAAAGUAUUCCUGAGGUUAGGUUGGAACUUGAGCACAAAGAUCAUGUGAUGACACAGAGGUACGCUGUAGAGUAGCAUGUUUUAGUUCAUGUCUAAUUGUCUUCAUUUGAUUGGGAUUGUGGGAUCCUGCACUGUGGCACCACUGGAUCCCGACUCCUCGGAGGUUUUCUCACACAUAGAGCUGCUGAAGCACACUGGACACAACGAGGCACUGACGGACAGCUAAAGGAAAAGAUUCUGGGAGAUGAACAGCACCUGGACUCGUGAUUAACCACAAGCACGCGUUCUUGGGCUCUUCCCAGUAGCUUAUUAUAAACUAAACCCAGUCAGUUCUACAUGUUGUAGUCACUGGAUACAAACUUUGCUGGAUUCUUCAACACUGGAUGGCAAAAAUUUUCACUGGAUUUUUUAUUGUCUUGCUCUUAAUUGACUUUUUUAUCAUUUUAUUUGCCUUUCCCUUCUUAUAUGUUGGCACCAUUAUCACCAGGGAUUCAGCAUCUUAAUGUGUUCAACUCUGGCUCAUGGCUAUUGAAGUUAAAAUGUGAAGCUGCACACUUUGUCCUCUUAAAUCCUAGUUAUUACUUAGAUCUUUUAUAAAUUUACAUAAUUUUAUGGUAAUAUAAUCUGAUUGAAGUUAAUUCAGUUGGAAUAUCUUAAAGUUAUCACUGGAGUACGAGGUGUACAGUGAGGUCGUAUAACUGGAUGCUGAUUUUAGAUAGUGAUCUGACCCUGUUGUAGGAAAGGAUUCCAGGCAUUAAUGUGCUGUAGCUACUACCUGCCUUAUGUAGAGAUGAAUGUAUUUAAAUGUCUCAUUGAAGAAAGCUGGAGAUGUCACAGUUGCUACAGUAGUUCAUGUUCAACCCUCCACCUCGGAGGAAAAACCUUUUGUACACAAAUUUUUGAAUUUGUUUUUAAAUUUACAUGUUCUGACAUAUUAAUCAAGUGUAUUACACCGGUUCUUAAACAGUAGAGUUGUAGAUCUUGUCGUCGCUUUACCCAAAUCAUUGUAAUCGCUCAUCAUUCAGUGUAGUUGUUUUUAGUCUCACUGUUUUAAACAAGGGAAGCUGACCGUUUUAAAGUGUGACAGUAAUUUAUGCUACUACUCAGUGUAAUCCUUCAAAUAUCCAAAAGUGUUGUAGUUCUGAUUUUGAUAUUACUAUCAUAAUGGCAUCUGCUGACUGUAGAUAUGAAGUAGAUUUAUAUAUAUUUUUGCAAAGCUGGUUGGCAGUAUUGUAACUGAGCAGAUUUUACACACACGUUUUUUUAAGUAUGAAAAAGUAGGACUUUUUUUUUUAAUAUGUAUCCAAAUCAUAAAAGUCUACUGGAUGUGGAGCCUCCAAUGCAAUUUCAUAUGAACGUUUCUGUCUGAUCAUCCAGUAAAGCGAUGCUACAUUA